AAUGUAAUGUCGAAAGAGGUCAACUUUGGCAUGCGCCCGGGAGUCUGAGACUUGGCAGCCAGCCAGCUUGCAGUGGGAGCUCUGUGGACUCUGCAAGACGGCUGUGAGGAGAACGUUACGUGAAACACAGUCGAGGGCUCCAUGCUCAGCUCCAGCCCCAAUUGGCGUGAGAUUGAUAAGAACGUCGAUAGGUUAAUAGAUGAAUUUGAGGUGCCGAGAGCGACGUCGGCACCACCCCACCUGCAGGAAGGUCGCUGGGGUGGUGGGCCUCAAGUGGGCGCAGUGAGUGGGCCAAGCAACGGGGACGGUCGAUGGACCCCAGCGGAGGGAUUCUCAGACAUUCGCUGCGAUGAGGACUAUGAGGCAUUCUAUCGGGCACAGUUAGAGGCCGGUCGAAAACUGCCUCCACCGUUGGAACACGGCACUGUCUAUGAGAAACUGCCGCCGCAUUUGCAGCAUCGACUCAGCCAACAACAGCAGCGGCUCCUUGCCUCCCGAAUGUCGCCAUCACCGAACGGCCUUGAUCCGAUAAACGAACGGGGCGUGAGUCCAGCGCCGGGCAACGGGCUGAACAUGCUGCAGGCCUUCCAGCAGCUUGGCAUGAACGAGCAUCGGCAUUCCCCAGCACCGCCACCCAUGUCCCAGCAGGAGCAGCUAGAAAAUCUUGCGGGACUGCAGCAGCAUCUUGCACAGCAAGGCGAUCAGCAAGCCCAGUUGAUGGCCAUCAUGGCUGCAGCAGGGGGGUUGCGGCCCAAUUCCACGCCGCCGCCCAUGACGCACACGCCGCCGCUGCCAUCGCAGACGCCUCCGGUGCCUUCUGGGACGCCCGGGGCCGUCAGCCUAGCGGCUAACGCUGCGGCCUUAGCGGCUGCUGCCGCCGGCCAGAAUGGCUUCCAGGGCGGCAUGAAUGGCGGCCUGCUCGGGUCCCUGGAGUACCAGGCGGCAUACCAGGCAUGUUUUUACCUGAGAGCAUUCUACUAG